AGGAAACGGAGCCAUAAUCUGAGGGAAGCAGACUGGAAGACGGAGGAUUUCACACAGGCUAUGGCGGAUGCAGAGACAGGACAGUUGCUGGUCAGUGCAGGUAGCCUGUGCCUAGGGCCAAGCUGCCACAGGGACUAGCCAGACAGGGACUAGAGAUGGGACAGAGGUCUAGAGGACAAGGAGGAGCACCCUCCCCUAGUUUGGCUCUUUCUGCCUGCUCCACUCUCCUUCCAGUCCCUGGUGACCUUUACUCCAGAUCCCAGGGUCCAGGCCCGCCUCGCCUGCAGCAGCUGGGAUUGGCCCGAGCCAGAGCGGGUGUGGCCAGACUCCCACAGCCCCAGUCUGCUGAACAACAGGUGGAGUUCCAAGACAGACCAUGGGCCUCCAGUCACCGACCAGAUCUGUCCUCUAGAGAUGGCACGGGGCCCCCUCGGUCCCCAGGCCUGCGGCCACACGUGGGUGCAAACAGCCUAGACACGGCCGCCUAUGGCCUGUGCUGUGGCUGAUCCAGGCAGAGAUGGCUCCUGCCACGGAUGCAGGGGAUAUGGUGACCCCAACUGUGGACCUGGUGCUGGGUGCCUCAGCCUGCUGCCUGGCAUGCCUGUUCACCAAUCCCUUGGAAGUGGUAAAGACUCGUCUGCAGCUGCAAGGGGAGCUGCAGGCCCCAGGCACUUACCCACGGCCCUACCGGGGCCUUGUGUCUUCUGCUGCAGCCAUUGCCCGUGCAGAUGGUCUGUGGGGCCUGCAGAAGGGGCUGGCCGCUGGCCUUCUCUACCAGAGCCUCAUGAAUGGUGUCCGCUUCUACUGCUAUAGCCUGGCAUGCCAGGCUGGCUUCACCCAGCAACCAGGGGGGACUGUGGUUGCAGGUGCUGUGGCCGGGGCACUGGGAGCCUUUGUGGGAAGUCCUGCUUACCUGGUCAAGACCCAGCUGCAGGCCCAGACAGUGGCUGCUAUGGCCGUGGGGCAUCAGCACCAGCAUCAGAGUGUCCUGGGUGCCUUGGAGACCAUCUGGCGCCAGCAGGGCCUACUGGGGCUGUGGCGGGGUGUGGGCGGGGCUGUGCCCCGAGUCACAGUGGGCUCAGCUGCCCAGCUGGCCACCUUUGCAUCUGCUAAGGCUUGGGUACAGGAGCGACAGUGGUUUCUGGAGGACAGCUGGCUGGUGGCCCUGGCUGGAGGCAUGAUUAGCAGUAUAGCUGUGGCUGCAGUCAUGGCUCCCUUCGACGUGGUCAGCACUCGCCUAUACAACCAACCGGUGGACAGAGCUGGCAGGGGCCAGCUGUACAGGGGCCUCGCUGACUGCCUGGUGAAGAUCUGCCAACAGGAGGGGCCCCUAGCACUCUACAAGGGCCUAGGCCUUGCCUAUUUGCGCUUGGGCCCCCACACCAUCCUUAGCAUGUUCUUCUGGGAUGAGCUGCGGAAGCUGACCACAAGGGCCCAGCACCAGGGCACCUAGCCUUGUCCCUCAGCCCACCACCAAGCCCGGCAUUUGGUGGAAGUGAUGGCCGGCUUCAGCAGAACUGGCUGCCCUGAGCCAGCUUGAGUCAGGCCCAGAUCGGGGAAGUGAGUCAGGAUUAUGGACAACUGUGAUCAACUGGAGCCCCAGGACUAGUUCACCCCAAGUCACCGUCCCUUCACCCUUUCCUCUCCCCUGGGUUACCAUGCUGUAGUAUAUUGCCGUAGUAGCACCCUCAUGAAAGGGUGCCCACGGACAGAGCCACGCAGUGACACCGGCUCCUCCGUCCUCCAGCCGCUGUGGGACCACACAAUCCUCUCGGAGCACAAGGAAACUGAGACACCACUCUGGCUGGAGCCACAGGGCUUUGUGGUGACAGACACAGGACUAUGGUUGGAAUCUGCCCAACCCAAUCCUUUGCUCUCAGCAAGGGAACAGUCAGAACCCUUGGGCCACAGAUCCCUCAGAAACCACGGCACAUGAGGAGACUCAUGGUUGAGCCCCCAGGGAGGCCUUGGGGUCCCCAGACUCUAGCUGGUCAAAGUUCCAAAGCCUUGGCAGCUUGAAAAACAAAAACCUAUUUUCUUACUUUCAGAAGCCUGGAAGCCCAAGAAGGUAUUGGCAGUGUUAGCAUUUAUUUCUGUUACUUGUGAUGUGGUAAAACCAGGGUCUGGGCAUGUUAGUUACGCGAUUGACAUCCUUAGCCCAGGGCUUACUUCUCCAGAGGCCUCUGUCCCUGACUCUGAGCUGGGCAGCUUCUUCCCAGUCGGGCUGGGGACAGAUCAGCCGGCAGCCUGUCUGCCUGGUGCUCACGAAGCCCUGGGUUCCAUCCCCAGCACCGAAUAAACCGGGCCUGAUGGCACAUGCCUGUGAUCUCAGCACUGCACACACAGGUAGAGCCAGGAGGACCAGGGGUUCAAGUUCAUUCUCAGAUGCAUGGUGAGUUUGAGGCCAGCCUGGGCUACGUGAGACCCAGAGAGAGGAGAGAGAGAAAAGGGGGGGGAAGAGGGGGGAGAGAGGAGAGAGGGGGAAGAACAGAGAGAAGAGCAGAGUGGGGGAGAGAAAGAGGGGUAAAGAAAGGGAGAGGCGGGGGCUGGAGAGAUGGCUCAGUGGUUAAGAGCAUUGCCUGCUCCUCCAAAGGUUCUGAGUUCAAUUCCCAGCAACCACAUGGUGGCUCACAACCAUCUAUAAUGAGAUCUGGUGCCCUCUUCUGGCAUACAAACAUACAUGGAAGGAAUGUUGUAUACAUAAUAAAUAAAUAAAUCUUUAAAAAAAAAAAAAAAAGAAAGGGAGAGGCGUGGGGAUGGGGAGAAGAGACAGGGAAACGCAGUUAUAUUGGACAGGGCCGGCACAGGGACCGCAUGUUAAAUUAGAGGUAGCUACCACUGUCUCCACUGUCCCCUCCUGAGGAACUGGGGUUAGGCCUUCAGCACGAACCUGGGAGCAUCCCUGAGUUCAGACUUUUAUUGAGGGCUUCCCAUUUGUGUACAUCCAGAGGGUGCUCAGGAGGUGGGGGCUCAGAUAAGAGGGUGCCCUUUCUCCGGACUGCAGCCACACUCCAGAAGACUGUUGAGACAGGUGUAUUGGUAAGGCCCCCAGUAACCAACACCCCGGCCAGGCAGCUCCAACCACCUUCCCCAACCACAUCCCAAGUGCGAAAAACUGCUCUAGACCGACACUCCAAUAAAGUUUUCUAUUUUGUGUACUUCCGCGACUCCCUUCUGCUUCCCUGACCCUGACUCCCAAACUCUCAGC